UAAACCAUGAAAGAAAUAAGAAACCGUGGAGAACUCGAUCCAUCCGGGCGUAAUCACUCACGCUAAACAGAGAGAGUCUUCAUGUAGAAACAGGUCCAUGUAUACUUCAUUUCGGAUAUGGACACUUCUUAUUGUCUCGAGCAAGCAAUCCAUUCAAGGCAUUGUCGCUCAACUCGGUUCUCAAUCGUGCCAAGAUAUUUGUGGCGUCGCGGAAGAAGUUCAAGAUGCAACUCACUCCCGACAACCCGACUUGAACACAAUCGAGGACGGCCAGAGUCGCAUCAUCAAUGGCUGGGACUCGAAACCCCGGCCUUGGAUGGUGCUCAUCCGGGCUAUCGACCCGUAUGAUCCAGAGGACUUUGACACAUGUGGUGGGGCUGUGAUAAACCAACGAUUCGUCCUCACUGCAGCUCACUGCGUAUGUCUCACGGGCUCGAGGCGAACCCCUUGCACAGAUGGAACUCUAGAAUAUGAUCCCAAGGACAUUUUCAAGCUCUACUUGGGCUUGAAUGAUUUAAACAUCAAUGAUGCUCUAUCUCGUAAUCCAGAGCUGCACGAACACAAUGUUGACGAGGUGAUCAUGCAUCCGGAUUGGACCGGAACCGGGCUCACUUUUCCGGAUUUGGCCCUGAUCAAAUCCAGCUUGAAUUUCGUUUUCAAAACCACGGGAAGACAUGCCGUUCUUCCCUUGUGUUUACUCGAUCCUGGAACGUUUAUCCGAAACAUGGACGGUUACGUGGCUGGUUGGGGUCUGACUCGAAACGACGAUUGCUUUACCGAUAAUUACGGACCCGAACGCCACGCACGAUGUCGGUUCCCCUUCUUAUAUAGAGGCGUGUCUGUCGAGUCGUGCAUUAAGGCGGAGUCGCCAAGUUCGAGCAACAAGAAAUGCCGCCAAUUCGAGAUGACAAUGGGCAAAGAUCAUUUGCCAAGCAAGGGCCAGUCUCUGAUGAUUGUGUACGGACGAAAGAAGAAGCGAACCCUGUGUUAUAAUGGUGAUCCGGGCGAAUACGGUUGGUGUGGAACUUGCAUCCGGAGCGCCCAACCCGGUGAGCAAGGCUUCUGCGUGGACGGGAUGCCCCCUCCAGAAGAUGAGGAUGCCAUCACGAUUGCUCGACCCUCCAGACAUUGGGGGUUCUGUUCCAAACUCUGCGUUCAAGAAGAGAUGCGAGCCCAUCGCCUUCAAGAAACUCGUUUGACUAUUUUGGAUAAUGAAGCUUGCGCUAGAUUUAACAGUUCCCUUCUGCUUUAUCGGGAGGAUGUGGAAUUUUGUGGCGGAAGCAAACUCAGUUUCCCGGAGUUGAAAAUCUUUCGUCGCUAUCGACUUCGCCGAACGAACAAACAAGACGCUCCUAAGUACACCUUCAAGAUGAUGGCUACCAAGAUUAAUACCCUGGGAGCGGAAUUGGAACAAGCCAAGUUGGGAUAUUAUCUGGGACAAACAGAUUCUUGCCAGGGCGAUAGCGGUGGGCCGUUUUAUAUAUUCAAAGGAAAAAGGGCCCAUUUGGCUGGAGUAGUGAGCCGCGGCGGACAAUGUGCUGGAUUCAACCAACCUGGAAUUUACACGGACAUGAGUUACGCAAAAUGGCUGGACUGGCUUCAUGCGCAAACCAAAGACUACAGUUGCUAAAUACGCACCUAUUCUUAUAUCGUAACAUUCUAGACCAUUGCACAAUAAAUAUCACUACCGAG